AUGCCUCCGAGACUCAAUCUGCUUCCGGCUUCGAGGUCGCUUGCCUUCCGCCCAAGGCCCGCUGCGCCUCAAUGGCGUGCCGGCCAAGUUGUUGCCGCCCCGCGCGCGGUCAGAAGAUGUUACGCCGACGACGCAUCGAAGAAGGAUCUACCUGAGUCGGAAGAUAGGAAGGGACCGAACACCGAUACUCUGCCUCACGUCACUGAAGAAGCACGGGACAUGGCGAAGAUGCGGAAGAUGCCUCCGCCGGAGGUGGAGCAGGGAACCCCGGUAGACGAGUACAUCAAAAAUGACAAGGAAGCAUACAAGCACCUUCCAAAGGUCAUGCAAGACAGCCUCAAGAAUUCGUCAGGACCGAAGGGCAGCCGUUCUUACUCGACUUCCGCCAUUCGCCGCCAGGAACAACUGGCAGUCGCCCCGGCGCCGGCUACAACAGAAAUGACGGCUGAGGGCGUGAAAUUCGGGGUCGUGCCUUUCCCUCUCCCCGCAGAGAACAGGCUCAAGAGUCGCUAUGACCCGGUUGUCGAGCAGGUGACGAACCUGCUCAUGCAGCACGGCAAGAAGAGUGUUGCGCAGCGCAACAUGGGACUCAUCCUCAAUCACCUCCGCACUGCUCCGCCACCGACCAUCAGCCCGCAGCGGCCCCUCCUGCCGGGCGCUCCCCCGCCAUCGCAUCUCCCUCUCAACCCUGUCCUCUACCUCACCCUCGCCAUCGACUCCAUUGCACCGCUUAUGCGCAUCCGUUCCCAGCGUGGCGCCGCCGGAGGUGGUGUGGCGCUUCAAAUCCCGGUGCCGCUAGGUCUGCGGCAAAGGCGGCGGAAGGCUGUUGAGUGGAUACUCGAGGCUGCAACCAAGAGGAGGAACGCAGGUAGCGGCAAGGGUGGCUUCGCGAUGCGGUUCGCGACCGAGCUGAUCGCGGUGGUGCAGGGCACGAGCUCGGUGUGGCAGAAGCGGGAUGGUGUACAUAAGGUUGCCGUCGGAGCAAGAGCGAACCUUGUUGUCAAGCCCAAGUUUAGGAAAUAA